UGUGUCCACAAGAUCACACCGCACAACACAUUCUAAUUGUUACGUGAACGGUGAUUAACAUAUAAUCAACCGCUAACCCUUGCAAUAGAAAUAAGAAAAAACAAAAGAUGAAAAAGAGAAAAUCAAAUAAAAAGAAUCUGAUUGGCUGAGCCACCUUUAUAUUCAAGUUUCGCGGCAAUGCCCCUCACUCGCUCUCUAAAAGCGCCUCUUUUUUAACUUAAAACUCUUGGUUGUUUCUCUCUCUACAAACUCGCUAUAAAAGUAUUUGUCUUUUUUCCGUCUAUGGUCGGGACCCAGUUCGUCUAAGACUCAAAAUCGGCGAGUUUACAGUCUUGGAUCCCUGGAUUAGGGCUUAAAAGUUAACAUUUUUGAGAUCCUUCUGAACAGAUUCUCAAUGCCACCAGCAAGAAAAAAGAGUGUGAAUAAGCGGUCUCUGAAUGAUGUUUCACCUGGUAAAGCGGUCAAGAAUUCAAUAAAAAAUAAGGAACAGGCGACUGGGAAGAGGAGAUUAACUGAUAAGUUAGGACCUCGAUGGAGUGAGGCGGAGCUUCAGCGAUUCUACAAAGCAUAUCGGGUCCAUGGAGUGGAUUGGAAGAAGGUUGCUGCUGAAGUGGCUAAUAGAUCUGUAGAAAUGGUGCAUGCCCUUUACAAGAUGAAUAAGGCAUAUUUAUCCCUACCAGAGGGAACAGCUUCUGUAGUUGGCCUUAUUGCCAUGAUGACAGAUCAUUAUAGUACUCUGGAAGUGAGUGAUAGUGAAGGGGAAAGCAAUGAUGUGCCAGGAAUGAUCCGGAGACCUCAGAAAUGCAAGCGGGCAAAAGUUCAAGUUAGUGCAUCAAAAGAAGUUCUCCUGCAAUCUCACUCAAUUGCAUCAACUGAUGGAUACUUGUCAUUGUUGAAGAAAGGAACUUUUAAUGGUGACCAGCCUCGUGCAGUCGGAAAAAGGACACCUCGAGUUGCUAUAUCUAGGGAAAAUUUUGAAUCACUGAAAAAGAAGGAUCAGAAAUCAGAGAAUGAUGAUAAUGAUGAUGAAGUAGCACAUGUUGCUGCAUUGGCAUUAACUGAGGCAUUACAAAGAGGAAGCUCUCCCCAAGUUUCUCGCACACCACAUAGAAGAACAGAGCGCAUUGAGUCUUCAUCUGUUAGAGGCUGGGAUAAGAUGUUUCUGCAGUCAAAGUCAUUUCAUAUGAAGCUUCAUGAUACUUCUGCGGAUGAAGAAUGGAUUGAAUGUCAUACAAGAAGGGGAGCUCAUAGUGGUACUUAUGCCAGGGAUACAAGCUCCUUGGCAGAUAUGGAAGGCAUGGGCACUGUAGAAGUUCAUCGAAAGGGAAAGAAGUUUUACGGACACAAAGUAAAAGUUGAAGAGAUUUUGAACUGUCAAUCUGAUGAUGGUGGAGAAGCUUGUAGUGGAACUGAAGAAGGGCCAAAAGUAAAUGGUAUAAAGGGGAAAGUUGACAUUGAGGAGUUAAAUGUGAAAAUUGACAAGUCCUCUCCUCAGGUCAGAAAGAAGAGACGCGACAAACAUUUCUCUGGAGAUGAGUUCUCUGCCCUGGAUGCUCUGCGCACAUUGGCUAGUCUUUCUGUGAUGGAAUCUGAAUCAUCUGUCCAGUUGAAUGAAGAAAGACCGGCAGUUAAUAUGGAUGACAAAUGUAGCAUACCUGAAACUACAUCUACUAUCCAUUGUAAAGAUAGAGCUAAGCCCCUGAGGCGUAACCAAAAAGUACUUCAUGGUCUAGGUGAAGUUGAGGACACUACCUCAAGAAAUGCCAAGCUGGGAAGACACACAACAGCUUAUGCUAAACCUGUCUCUGUUGCAAACAAACGGCCACAGUCUAUUAGUAAUAAUACUAAAAAAAGAAAACGCAGUUUGAUAUCGAAGGCAUCAAAUGCUGAAGCUCCAACAAAUUCACAACUUAGUAAGCCAUUGAAGGCUGAGACUGUGGAUGAGGAGGAGAUUAUAUCUACACUUAAAGGAAAACUGACCUGCCAGGCUUCUGCUGUAUCUGAACAAGCAAAAGCAGUUGGAGUAUCUGUGGGCUCUUUCAGUGGUGAUCGGGCAAGUUCUGCAAAUGAUGUAGCAAUAUCAACAGAACAAGUUCCUGUUGCAAGCCAAGUUACCUUGCCAACCAGAAAAACAAGCAGACGCAAGAGGGAUCUAAAGAGAGCAUUUAAUCCUAAAGAUGGAUAUUCUUCUGAGAACAUCCUCAAAACUCGAGUUAAUAGAUAUUCCAUCUCUGGGAAAGAUGCAGUACUUCAUUUUAAAGAAAAGCUUUCUUCUUGUCUCUCAUCUCCUAUGGUUCGUAGAUGGUGUACAUUUGAGUGGUUCUACAGUGCAAUUGACUACCCUUGGUUUGCUAAAAGGGAGUUUGUGGAAUACUUAAAUCAUGUUGGGCUUGGACACAUUCCAAGAUUAACUCGUGUUGAAUGGGGUGUCAUAAGAAGUUCCCUUGGCAAACCUCGGAGGUUUUCUGAACAUUUUUUAACUGAAGAAAGGGAGAAGCUCAAACAGUACAGGGAUUCUGUGAGAAAACAUUAUACUGAACUUUCUACUGGUAUUAGGGAAGGACUUCCAACAGAUUUAGCAAAACCUUUAUCAGUUGGAGAACGAGUAAUUGCUCUGCAUCCCAAAACCAGAGAACUUUAUGAUGGAAGUGUACUCACAGUUGACCAUGACAGGUGCAGGAUUCAGUUUGACUGUCCUGAGGUGGGAGUUGAAUUUGUCAAGGAUAUAGACUGCAUGCCCUUAAAUCCAUAUGAUAACAUGCCAGAAGCUCUUAGGAGACGCACAUUUGCUUUCAUAUCUAAGGAACUCCAAGUGAAUGGGCAUCCAACCAGGCACUUGGAAAACUUGCAGACUCCUGCAAAUAUGCUGGUAAAGCAGGUACAGGUCAGAAUACGUAUGUUAUCAAAUGUGGACACAAAAUGUCUACAAGUAAAGCCGGGAUCUAUUGACAUUGUUAGUGCGCAAGUAGCUCAUAGCCAACUUUCUGCAGCAGCACAAGUCCAAGCAAAUGAAGUAGAUAUACGAGCUCUUUCUGAGCUGAAUCACACUCUUGAUAGAAAGUCCUCUUUUAACCCAGGCAAUACCCUGCCCCCUUGGAUGAAGCCUCCAGUGGACUGCAGUUUUUCCGGGGUCCUACCAAGUACUCAUCAUAAUUUAGUUUCUCAAGAAUCAGGAUCAACUGUGGUUGAAAUUGUCAGAGGCUCAAGAAAGAAGGCGCACACAAUGAUAGAUGCUGCUGUUCAGGCAAUUUCAUCUGUGAAAGAGGGGGAAGAUGCUUUUGUGAAGAUCGAGGAGGCUUUAGAUUCUAUUGAUAAAAGACAAGUAGGAUCAGAAUCGAAGCUACAAGUAAUUAGGUCUUCGGAGCAGGGCAAUAGCAUUUUACUUCAUAACAAUCAGUUGAUUUCUAGCACAUCAGAGCUUCAGGUUAUCACUAAUGCAUGUGCGCCUAAAUCACACGAUAAUAGUGAAAAAACUGAGGCAGUGAUUCCUUCAGAGCUUAUAACGUCAUGUGUUGCUGCUUUGCUCAUGAUACAGACAUGUACUGAGCGGCAAUAUCCCCCAGCUGAUGUGGCUCAACUAAUCGAUUCUGCUGUUACCAGUUUGCAUCCAUGCUGUCCUCAAAACCUGCCAAUUUAUAGAGAAAUACAAAUGUGCAUGGGAAGAAUCAAGACUCAAAUAUUAGCUCUAAUACCGACUUAAAAAAUAUGAUGCCUUGUCCAAUCCCCUUUAUCAGCCCAUGUACAUAUACAUAUAUAAAUAAAGCUGGAGUCUUGGUUUCCAGCUCCACAUUCCCCCUUGUUCCUUUACCCAUGUCCUCUUUACAAUUUUAUAUAAGUUUAGGGAAUCACAUUCACAUGUUACACCCAUCUUACAUUUUUCGUUUCUCAUCUCAUUGCAAGUUGGCUCCUCCCAUUUUCAUUAAUGAAAUUUUGACUUGCUCAUUGUAUUAUUUUUAAUUCAUCACAAGGAUUAUAAGCU